AUGAGUGUUCGACUCAAGAAGAAGAAUAAAUCUCUUCCACAACAGCAACUACAACAGCAACAGCAGGAAUGCUACUCACAUCACUCCGAGUCUCAGGAGGCUUCUUCCAUCAUGAUGAAUACCACCACUCUGACCAACACCACCAACACCACCAACACAGAAACCACUCCUUCAAAUCAUCCUAAUGAUCGAUUAUUACCAACCACUGCUGCAACAAGUUCUAAAUUCUUUCCGAAAUCUCUUGUACCAAAAAAACUAUUGGCGUCGACAAGACUCAGAGUGGAUGAUCACCCUCAUACUCCUCAUCAUCAUACUCAUCCAACAACAAACAUCAUUCAUCCUCCUCCUUCUUAUAGUACCAAUCAUCAUCAUGAUGAAUCAUCCACCACUUGCAUUUCUUCUGAUUCAUCUUCAUACUCGAUGAAGAAUCACAACAACAACCAUUCAUCGAGUGGUGGUAAUGGUGGUGGUAAUGGUGGUGGUAAUGGUGGUGGUAAUGGUGGUAGUUUAUUGAAACGAAAGAAUUCUACAGCAAUCAAUUCAACAACAACAACAACCCUUCCUAUCAACAAUCGAAUAUUCAUGAAUCCUGAUAAAAAGUCAAAAACCAACAAAAGAAUCAUUGAUCCAUUUGAUUCUUCUUCUUCUGAUGAAGAGCAUGUUAGUGAAGAUGAUUCUUUUGAAGAUUUUAAGAAUUCCUCAAAGAAUUCCUCACAAGUGUCAAUGAUUUAUUCUUGUCAUGUAUGUAAGAGAGAUAUUACAUGUUUGAGUAAGAAUGAUCGAGUGAAACAUAUCAAAUUAUGUUGUAAAGUGUAUCAAGUUGGAAAUGAUCAAAUGAAACUCUACAUUUCACAAUUAAGAGAAUUACAAAAACAAGAAGAACAUGUUGCAAAACAGAAGAAUUCCAAAAAAAGAAAACGAAAAACAUCCAAAACAAUGAGAGAAGGACGUUCGAAUGCAAUCACAAGUGUUGGUUCUUCCUCGUCUUCUGAAAUCAAUUCUUCUCACCAUCACCACCACCACCAUCAGAUGGAUCAUUUGACCAAUUUCAGCAACAAUAACAACAACACCAUCAUCACCACCACUAAUGGUACAAAUUUCAACAUGUCUACAAUGAGUCAUUCUGUUGAAGAAUGGUUAAAAACCAUUCAUAUGGAUCAAUAUCUUUUGAAUUUUACUAAAAAUGGUUAUGAUACCAUAGAUAUUCUAUGUACCAGUAAUAUCAAUGAAAAUGAUCUCAUUCAUCCAUUAACCAUUACCUUACAUGGACAUCGAAAGAAAAUACUCUCUGAAUUAUCAAAAUUAAAACAACUCUAUGAAUUAGAUAAGAAAAGACAAGAAUGUGAAAAGAGAAGAAAUGAUUUAAUUGAACGAAGAAGAAGAAUGAAAGAUGGAAUCAGUGGUGGUCAGAGUGGUCAGACUAAAGGUGAUUCUACUAUUCCUACAACCACCACCACCACCACCACUAAUGGUACUACUACUACUACUUCUCGUAUACGAGGUGCCACAACACCAUGGCCACAACAACAACAAGUCACAACAAAUCAAAAUAUGACCACAACUGGAAAGAGAAUUGCAACCUAUUCCAUGGCCACAACAACACCUCCAGAGAAUCGAAAAUCCAUCACUGAUAUUGCCAAUGCAUUGAGAAGUGAAUUACAACUAUUAACCACCAGUAUUUGUAGUACUAGUAGUAACAGCAACAACAUUUCAGCAAACAUGACUAGGAGUAGUAGUUGUAACAAUAUCCUUCAAGAUGAUAAAAGAGAAGAAAAGAGCAGCAACAGUGCUUGUACUACUCCUCCAUCAUCAUCCUCACUGCAUGGACAUGAAACCAAGUCGUUGAAGUUGACUACAAUUAGUGGUGUUGGUAACAAGAAGGAAUCUCUAUCAAUAGUAAGUCUACUAUCACCACCACCAACAGCACCACCAAUAGCACCACAAUUACAGAGCUCAUCAUCCUUAUGGUCCAUGGCACAUCAACCUCUCACACAGCAAGUAUCCAUCAGUGGUGGUGAUAUUGGUGGUGGUGGUGAUAUUGGUGGUGGUGGUGAUAGUAGUAGUGAUAGUAGUAAUGAAUCAAGUCGUGAUGAACAGGAAGUAAUGGUACUGUCUUCUGGGAGUACCAACAACAACAACAACAACACCAACACCACUCAAUCAACCACCACUAGGAAUAGGUCGUCAACACGAGUUGUAUCAAUAUCACCUCCACCCCUAUCAUCACCAAGAUCACCACCAAAGGAUCCUUUAAAAGAUCAUGACGAUUGUUCAAGCACUUCUAUUGCAUCCUCACCAAGAUCACCACCACCACAAACACCUUUUACAACAAGUAGUAGUAGUAGUACUCUCACUCCUCCUCCAUCAUCAUCAUCCUCACAACUGUUGCAUACUCAACCCAUCAUCCAUGAUGACUUGUGUGAAGUUCAUGAAGAAGUAGAACCAUUGUCGUUGAUCAACACCAUCGUCACCUCAUCAUCACCUCUAUUGACCACUACCACUCCUACUACCACCACUCCUACUACUUCCUCAUCAUCACCUCAACACAGUGUUGUCACUCAACCACUUCUCUCAUCACUUCAGAAGAGUAGUUCAUCAUCAGAACAAGUUGUAGUUGGUGAACCUUCACUCAAUCCACCACCACCAAGAUCACCUCCACCCAUAUCACCACCAAGAUCACAUGUUGAGUAUACUCAACAUUUUACUCCUCAAGAAUUAGUGAAUCAAUUUAAAGAGACUGUCAUUCAAUUAUAUUCUGAAUUGAAAGAAAAAAUUUUAAAGAGUAUUCAUUCAUCUCAUCACAACAAUGAAUACUUUCAUUUAGAACCAUUAGAGACAUUAUUUCUCAAAGAUUCAAAUACUACUACUACUACUACUACUACAAAUACUACAAAUGUAUCACUGAAUGAGGAAAACAAGAUGUAUCAGUGCCAUCAAUACCACCACCACCAUAAGCAGCAUUCACCUCUCUCACUUGUGAAUCGUUUCAUAAGGAUGAUUGAUCAUGUUGAUUCAGUUGAAUCAUCUAACAACAACAACAACAACAACAACAUUCAUGAUGGUACCAUUGAUCUCACUUUGAAUAACAUGAUGGAUGAAUGUAACCAUGAAACCAAUUCAAUUCAAUUCAAUUCAUCAUUUGGAAAAGACAAUUUAACACUCGUGUCACCACAACCAUUGGAAGAAUAUACAACUACUACUUGUAACACUACUAAUACCAAUACAACACCAACAACAAGUACUGCAACUACUUCCACAAAUACUACUACCACAAAUACUACUACCACAAAUACUACUACCACAAAUACUACUACUAUUAAAAGAGAGGUAAUCAUCUUGGAAGAUGAUAAUUCUCAUUCCACUACAACAACUACUGCUAUUUCUGGUAUUGAUGCUACGAAUAAUAGUAGUAGCAAUACCACGACUAGUACUACGACUCCUCCUUUUACAACUUCUCCAAUUCAUGUUUCACAUCAGAAUUCAUCUCCAUUCUUAAUAGAGAUGACAAGGAAUCCACUCACAACUCUCAAUACUCAACCACCAACCAGCACUUGUGGUUUAUGGUCUCAAGAACAUCUCCAAGAUGAUGAUGUACAUGACCAAUUAUUUCACCACAACACUCGUCGACGACGACAACACUUGGAUUCAGAAGAACUAUCCAGUCUCGAAGAUGAUGAUGAUCAUGCACUCUCGAGACGUCCAAACAUGAUCAUGAUGGAUUCUGAUGAUGAAAUCUUCAACCGAGUCAUCUGGUCUCAAGAACAUCUCCAAACAUCAUCAACAAUAGUACCACCACAAAUACACACCUUACAAGAAUUGAAUGAAAAAUCGAACCGAGAAUUGAAGUUUGCUUGUGAUUUUUAUGGAAUCAAGAGUGGUUCAAGAAAAUUCAUGAUCCAACAUCUCUCUCAAGUCUUAAUAGGUAUCAUGGAGAAUACAAAGGAUCGAGUGUAUGAUGUGAAUCAUUUUAUCAGUAGUAGUAGUAGUAGUAGUAGUCGUAGCAAUACCACAACUAGUACUACUAUUACUAACACUCCUAUCAGUACUACCAAUAUCAAUAAUACCAAUGUCAGUACUACUACUACUACUACUAACACUCCUACUUUUGGUACCACUAAUAAUAGUAGUACUACUCCUUUUUCACCAGUGUUGGAUGAAAAAGUGUGA